CUUUUUCUCCCAAACACUCUUCCCUUCAUCAGUCAUUCUCUCUUCCAUCAUCGCUAUGCACACCAGGACGCAUCCCAGCCAUAGACUCGCCACGGGCAGUGUAGAUUUCCCAUGAUGCUGAGCGGCGGCAGGGCCUCACCGUGGGGGAAUGCCGCGCCCUACCUGGGCUGAGGGGUGGGAGUUCAGGCCCACGUCUGCCCUGCGGGGGCUCCGAUGCCGCCGCGCCCUCAUGUGGCAGCGUAUGCAGAGGCUGACCCGGGCGUGCCGCCGCGGCGUGGGCUGUACCCUCGGCUACAAUGACCAUGACCGCGACGAGCAGGAGAUGGUGUGCCUUGAGCCCAUGGGAUCAGAGCCGAUGGAGAUGCGAAAGAGGCAGAUGUCGGUGCAGCAGGAGUCGGCAGCGGGGGGGACUGCACCGGCCCACCAGGGCCAGCCGGGCCAGGCCAACCCGCGGGGGUCCAACGCCUGCUGCUUCUGCUGGUGCUGCUGCUGUAGCUGCUCUUGGAACGAGGACCGAGACGAGAGGAAUCGGAAGGCAUCGUACGACGUCAAGGAAGGGACCGCGGACUGCGAAGACUGCCCCAAGCCUACGCUGGAGGAGGUGCGCUCGUGGGCCCAGUCCUUUGACAAGCUCAUGAGCUGCCCGGCCGGACGCAAUUCCUUCCGCCAGUUCCUGCGCACCGAGUUCAGCGAGGAGAACAUGCUCUUCUGGCUCGCCUGCCAGGAGUUCGCCAAGGACAGCAACAAGGGCUCCGUGGAGGAGAAGGCCCGCGUCAUCUACGAGGACUACAUCUCCAUCCUCUCCCCAAAAGAGGUGAGUCUGGACUCCCGGGUGCGCGAGUCCAUCAACCGGAACAUGCAGGAGCCCACGUUGCACACGUUCGAUGAUGCCCAGCUGCAGAUCUACACGCUCAUGCAAAGAGACUCGUACCCGCGCUACAUGAACUCCCCGGCCUACAAAAACCUGCUCAACGCUCUCUCCGAGCAGUCACCCGAAUCUUAAAGAAAAACAAGACCUGUGAUCCCUUUUUUUUUAAUUUUCUUUCUUCCCCUCUCUUGUGUCCAGUGCAGGAUUUACACCGACCAAGCGGGCCGCCGCAACACUCGGGGAAUUCUCAGCAGCAGACACUCAGGUCUCAGCAUAUUGCGAGGGCUCCACAUCACAAGUACUGCUAACACGCCAACAUAGCAACACAACACUCCAAAGGAACUUCUCUUACUUUUACUCCUCUCUCUUUUCAUAGAAAUCAUCUAUUUUAGUUGACAUUUUUUUUUUUUAUUGGUUUUUUUCUCAAGGGACAGGGAGGAGUAAAUGAUUGCUACUUUAGACUACAUAUAUUUAUGAGGUUGUAAAUAGUACAAAUGGAAUUGUGGGUAUUUUACGUGGAGAUAUUUAACUGCGUGAUGAGAAUCAGAGUUCAAAGGCUACAAGCAAGGUCAGGUUUGCAGGCAGCUUUGUGAGGGGGUGCAGCAGCCUUUGACCUUGGUUUCACCUUGUUUUUCUAUUUCUAUUUUUUUUUUUUUUUUUUACAACCUAACCUCACUCUUGGGUAUGUGUGACUUGGCAACUCCUUUUGUAUGAUGUUAGCAAUUUCAAUGUUUUUUCCCCCCUUCAUUAUUUUACCCGCCCAAGCUCAAUUAAAUGUGGUUUACUGAAAACAAAAACAAAAACAUAUUUAAUACAAUAAAAAUUUAAUUAAGUUGAGAAAGUAAUGUAAAAUAUUUAAAAUGAUUGUAUUUAUUUAUUAUUAUAAAAUUUGAUGUUCCUUAUUUAGGACUAUAUCAAAAAUUAUUUUAUGUCAUUUUGCUAAAUAACUGUACAGGAAAUAUACAUUUCUUUAGCUUCUCACAUAAAAGUUUAAAAUAUGAAUGUAGAGAUGAUUUGACAUUUAAGGAAGUUUUUUUUUUUUUUUUUUAAUUGCUUGCCAAUGGAGUUGAAAAACAAGCUAGCUUAGCUCUGUCCUAACAUAAAAUACAGUCAGAUCCAAGCAUCGUAAUUACUGUGAACAAAAAGCAUGUAAAUCCCAAAACAGUUUUCCCCAAACAAAUGCAGAAAAAACAAAACAAACGAACAAAAAAAAAAACUGCGGCGACUUUGUUGUACAGAAAAAAUAAAA